GUUGCUUGAGCCGAGCAUGCGCAGAGUGUCGCAGCUAACCACAUCAGAAACCAAUCCAUAAGCGUGUUUACGGAAUUUAAAUUAAACAACAGCGAGAGUUUUCAAGGAAAGUAAAGCUUCCUGUGAAGAGUACAGGGAUGAAGUUCCCUGUGGAUCUCCUGGCUGAUGUUAGCCACACAGAACUGGAGCGGCUGGCCCACAACUACAUGAACAACCUUCUUUACAGCAACCCGGAUGCUCCUGAACACCUUACCCUCCCUGACUCCACCCAGGUCACCAUCAAUAUUUGCAGUGUGGGCUUCAUCCCUCUGUAUGGAUCCAGUGAUAAGCAGAAGGUCCUGGCCCUCUUCUCUCCCACUGAACCGUUAACUGCUGUGGCUCUGUACCUGCUGGACCAGUGGUGGCCCGUGGACGACAUCCUUAAGACAGCAGACCCUGCUCGGGAUGGAGCGGUGGAGGUGGAGACAGUAGGAGAGAGAAUAGUUCUGUACAUCCUUAACCGUGUGGUCUAUAGAGCCAGAGAGAUGAGCUCUGAAGAGCUCCCCUUCCUCUGCCACGGAGAAAAAGAUCACGCCAAAAUCCUCUGGAGUAACGGAGAGGCUGUGGGCUUCUACUCAGUCAAACCCUCAGGCAGCUUUUCUAAUUCAUUUGCCACCAGAAGCUAUCAGCUCCCUGUGAUGGACUCCAUCUUUGUGAGGAGAUGUCAGCGUGGGAAAGGCUUUGGCCUGCAGAUGCUGGAGGACUUUGUGCUCAGUUUCAAAGAGGACUGUCUGGGGUUGAGGUACCCCCUCACAAAACCCAUGUAUAAAGUGUGUGAGAAGUACCUGAGGCAGUUCCCAGGAGACACAGACCUGCUGUGGGAGGUGGAGAGCGUUGGUGGGCCCAACCAGAGGACCAACAUGGCCAGCAAGAUCCAGGCCAUGGAUCACAGUGCAGUGUCCAGGAGUCUGUCCUUCACAGAGGAAUCACUUGUGAUUACUGAGAUGACUGAGAAGGAUGUGGUCAUCACCACUCAAAUACAAGAUGCUGAAUCCAUGGAAUGCACAGUUGAAAUUGUGGAGGAAGUGACAGUCCUGAGCGCUACCAAAGCAGGUUCAGAGGCUGAAGUUCCACUCACAGCCCGGGGCCGGAGCAGUGGCUCAAAACGAAGGAAGACUGCAGAGGAAAAGGUUAUCAGAAUUGAGGACAUUGAAGCAGAAACCCCCAGAGAGGAGCAGGAGAAUGUCUCUGAGUCGAUGCAGACUAAGGCUGUCAGUGUGGCUCCUGAAGAACAGGGACAGGAUGUAGUUGACACUGCAGCCACCAUGUCGGGACAACCAGACGCUGUCCUGAAGCCACAAGACCCUGAAACAGCUGAUGUGACAUCAUCAGCUAUGACUGAGGAGGCACCAGUGGAAGCCAACGCCCCCCAGGAUCUGAACAACACCGCCCGGGACUCACAGAUCACAGUUGAGAAUGUGGCAUCAGAAAUGGAGGAAGAGUGUCAGGAGGAAGACACUGCAGCGCCGGCAGUCUCUGAAGAAGUGUUGGAGUUACACACGGAAGCAGAAACUCUGGAUAAAGUGGGGGAGGAAACUCAGAUCACUGAUGAAAAGUGGGAAGAAAGAGUUCCACAACACAAGGUAAGUCUGUCACCACGUGAAACAUCAAAGAAUGGCAAAGCAGGAAGAACAGGAGAAACAACUGUACAGAGUAAAACCCGUAGACGGAGAUAUACACACCACAGCAAGCCGGAGGAGGGGGUGAAGGAGGAAACUGCAGCCCAGGAUGGAGGGAUAAGUUUGAGAAGAAGAACUGUCAUGAACACGCCUACACCCACACGCAAAUACACCAGACGCUGCCCGAAAGUCUGUGAAGACUCAGAGAAAGAGGUGGCAGAGGUGGCAGAGGAGAAUGACGUUUCGGCUGAAGGAGCAGAGGAGUUAGCUGAAACUGGAGAAGGAGUAAAAGAGGAUGCAGUUGAGCUGGAGGAAUUAAGAGAAGAAAAGCAACAGCUGGAAGAUGAACAACAACUGACAAAUGAAGAGAAGACGGAGAAACAACCGGAGGCGGAGGUGAAGGGGACUGCACUGACAGAGGAAGAGGAGGGUGAACACGUGAAGCAUGGAUCUGAGAGAAAAAAAGAAGCUGACCUGGGAGCAGGAGCUUCUGCUGGGGGAGAGCAAGCACAUGAACAGGUGGAGGAACAAGAGGAGGUCGCUGACAGGCCAGAAGAAGAGAUAUCCACUGAGGAACUAAGUGCUGUGGAAGAAGAGACGAUUCCAAAGGCAGAGGAAGCAGCAGGGGACGUUAUAGCUUUGACUGAAGGGAACGAGGAAGAGAGCAAGGACGAGACGGAGCCUGUCUCGGUGAUGGAAGCAGCAGAGGAGGGAGAGGCUGUCAGUGUCUCUGCUGCUGCAGAUGAAGACACUGCUGCUGCAGAAACAGCUGUCAGAGACACUGCUGCUGCUACAGAAACAGCUGUCAGACAGGCUGAAGAGCCUCAGGAAAAGGAAUCUGGCCCUGAAAUCUCCAAGCUCCAGAAAGCCACUGUCAUCCUAGUGGACAUCAAAACAAGCUGCCAUCAUCUCAGUGUGAAGAAGGCAGACGAAAUAGCUGCUGACGGACAGAGUGCUGCUGCAGAAAAGCAACAGGAAGAGGAGGAUGGAGGGAAGCAGGAAGACAUUAAAGACACAUGUGUGGAGGUGAGUGCAGAGGCCCAGACUGCCGAGAAGGAACAGCUUCAAGAAGACAAUUCUGAAAAAGAAGAAUCUGUGGAGGAGAAAAAAAGUGAAGCAGAGGAAGCACUGGUUCCUGAAAUAAGAGACGACACAGGUGAGGGUGUUAGUGAAGAAGCAGCAAGAGGCACUGAUGAGGUGGAGGCUGUGGCAAUCAGAGUGGAGGAGAAGCAGUCUGCAGAUGGAGAACCAGAGAACGCUGACCAGAGUCCCCCAGCAGCCGAAGUGGACGAGGCGGACAAGGCGAUGGAGGAGGAAGCUCCAGUUGUUGAAACCAGAGCUUUGAGACGUAGAACAAAAACUAGCACAGCCACACCAAGACGCAAAACAACAAGUCGCAGAAAGCAAGUGGAUGCACAUGAAGCAGAAGAAGAACCAGCAGUGACUGCAAGAACACUGAGAGGUGGGAGGACGUCUGCAUCGCACACACCUAAAGGCAAAUCCAGGAGAGGCCGCAAACACAUCCAGGAGGAAGAGCAAAAGGGAGAAGAGGAAACGGGAGCAGAGGAGGAAGAGGCAGCAAAGGAAGCAGCCGAAGAAAAGAGAGAUAUAGAGGGAGAGGAAAAGGUUGAGGAAGAGGGAAAGGAAAAGGUUGAAGAAAAGGGAGAGGAAAAGGUUGAGGAAGAGGGAGAGGAAAAGGUUGAGGAAGAGGGAGAGGAAAAGGUUGAAGAAAAGGGAGAGGGAAAGGUUGAGGGAGAGGAAAAGGUGGAGGGAGAGGAAAAGGAAAAGGUUGAGGAAGAGCUAGAGGCAAAGGUUGAAGAAGAGGGAAAGGGAAAGGUUGAGGGAGAGGAAAGGGUUGAGGAAGAGGGAGAGGGAAAGGUUGAGGAAGAGGCAGAGGAAAAGGUGGAGGGAGAGGAAAAGGAAAAGGUUGAGGAAGAGCUAGAGGCAAAGGUUGAAGAAGAGGGAAAGGGAAAGGUUGAGGGAGAGGAAAGGGUUGAGGAAGAGGGAGAGGAAAGGGUUGAGGGAGAGGGAGAGGGAAAGGUUGAGGAAGCUGCCUCUGAGAGAGAGGAAAGUGUAGAGCCAGAAAUCGAUGUGGAGGAAGGCAAAGCUGUGGCAGAGCGAGGAAGAGAUGCAGCAGAAGAUGCAUCAGAAGGCGUAUCCAGAGAUGCAGACAGGGAGGAAGAGGCCGUAGGGGAAGAGUGUGGUGAGAGGAAAGCACCCAUGGGGGGUGAGGAGGGGGAACUAGCACCAGCCACUGUGACUAGAUCUCUGAGGAGUGGUGCGAAGACGUCCAAAGCUCCAAAAAGCAGGUCCAGACGAAGCAAGAAGCAACCAGACAAAGAGGAAGAGGAGGAGGGGCAGAGACAACUCCAGAACCAGGAAGAGGGACCAAAGGAAUCAGACGAGGAAGCAGAGGAAGAGGAAGAAACAGGGCUGGGGUCAGUCGAAGACUCCCCGACAGAAGUGGAGGAAGCUGUCACAGCAGAAACAGGAGAGUCGUCAGAAGGAACUGUGCCGGUGACUGAAGAGGAAGCUGCAGAGGAUUCAGUACAAGAAGGAGACACUGAUACUUCAUUACCCAAACCCAGCGCGGACUCAGCUGUACUGCCACCGAGUGGAGAAGAGGAGCAACGGGCAGCCCAGCUCUCUGUGAGCCAUACUGACAUCCAGGAAGAAGCUGCAGCUGCAGAGGAGGCUCUUCCUGCUGAGGCAGAGGAGGAGAAGAGAGAGGAAGCAGCUAUUGCAGAGGAGGAAGUUCCUGAGGGGACAGAAAACACUGAGCUGGAGAAAGUGACAGGGGAAGAGGAUAAAGCGGAAGCAGUCCCAACAGCAGACCCAGGGGAGGGCAGAGCUAAUGAAGAGGAGGCUGAAGGUGUUAACGAUGAGGAGCAGGAAGCUACAGUCCCAGAAACCAGAGCACGCAGGAAGCAGGCAGGCCAAGCCACGCCCAGAAGCACACUAACAAGAAGCAGACAGGAGAAUGCUGAGGUAGAAAAGGCGGCUUCAGAAAGUCAGAAAGAGGAACCGACAGUUGAAGUCCGGGUUCUGAGGAGGGGGAGGAAGCUUAUCCCUGUAACGCAAAGACGUACAACAAAAAGAACCCACCCAGAAGAAGAGGAAGAGGGAGAGCAGGAAGAGGAGGGAGCAGGUGAGGCAAGAAAGGCAGAGGAAGAAGAGGAACAGCAGCAGAUUGUUGAUCAGGAGAAGGCAAAGAGACUUGAUGAAAGGGAUGCAACUGAACGAGUAGAAACGAUGGACGCAGAAAUGAGUGAAGACAAAGAGGAGACUGUGGCAGAGGAAACUGUCUUACAACAAGAUGCCUCAGAGCAGGGACAAGCCCACAGGGCUGGGUCAGCUGCAGAUGUGGACACAGAUGUUGCACAGCCUGCUGAUGAGGGGAAGAGCUUGGGUGUUCAAGAGGAAGUAGUCCCAACACAAGAGACAGUGGAGGGGGAACAGUCAACCUCUGCAGUGACGGGAAGUCCCCGAGAGACCCUGGAGACAGCAGAGGACGGCGAGGCAAAAGGUGUGUCUGAGGAGGAGGAAGCACCCGUUACUGAAAGAGCCACAACUAGAGGCAAAACCACCAACAGACAAGAGGAAGAGGCAGCUGGAGAGAAAAGCACGGAAGAUGAUGAACCAGUGGUAGAAACAAGAGUUCUGAGGAAGGGAAAAAGAUCUGCUGCUGCCACACCUCAACGUAAACCUAAAAGAGUCCGCACACAGCCUCAGACAAAGCAAGAGGAAGAGGAAGAAGCUGCUCCUGCUGAAGAGACCCAAGCAGAGGAAACCAAAACUGAUGAGAAGGAAGACAACAGUGAUGAAAAGACUGAAGAAAAAGAUGGGGAUGAAGCUGCAGCAGAGCAGGAAGAAGAAGCUACAGAGCCAGAGGUUGAGAUGGAAAAAGAAGAAGCUGUGGCAGAGGAAGAGGACCGGUCUACUGUUCCUGAGCCACGUGAAGACGGACAGGGAGAGACUUCCGCUGGGGAAAGAGCUGAAGAGACACCAAAUACAGACGAAGGAAAGGUUACUGACCAGGAAGAAGCAGCAAGUGUUGAAACAGCAGUCCUGAGAAGCGGUAAAAAGACAGGGAGAGCCGCAACCAGAAGCAAAACCACAAAAAGGCAAGAGGAAGAGGCAGCUGGAGAGAAAAGCACGGAAGAUGAUGAACCAGUGGUAGAAACAAGAGUUCUGAGGAAGGGAAAAAGGUCUGCUGCUGCCACACCUCGGGGUAAAUCCAAAAGAGUCCGCACACAGCCUCAGACAAAGGAAGAGGAAGAGGAAGAAGCUGCUCCUGCUGAAGAGACACAAGCAGAGGAAACCAAAGCUGAUGAGAAGGAAGACAACAGUGAUGAAAAGACUGAAGAAAAAGAUGGGGAUGAAGCUGCAGCAGAGCAGGAAGAAGAAGAGGCAGGGCAGGAACCACCGGAGGAGAAAGGGCAGGAUGCAGAGGAAGAAGGAAAGAGUAUGGAAAUGGACAAAGACAAAGAAGUGCGAGAGGAAGAGUCUGCUGUAGGAGAUGCAGGGCAGAUGAAGGAAGUAGUGCCUGAAGAGGAGGACAACCGUGUGGAAGCUGUGGAAGAGAGUUCAUCAGCUGAGGUAGAAGAGACAAAGUCAGCCGAGGAAGAGGAAACCACCGUCACAGAAGGAUCCACUGAAGUGGGAGGUGACAGUGACGUCGCUGGAGAACAGGCUCUAUCUGUGGCGGCAGAGGAAGAAGCUCCGGCUGUAACAACCAGAGCGCUGCGGAGCAAAACAAAAACUUCAGCCGCCACUCCAUCACGGAGAUCCAGGAGAGGAGCAGUGCAGACGCAGCAGCAGGAAGAGGAAGAUCCUGAGGAAGAAGAAGUGCACCAAUCGACUGGUGACUCACCUCGAAGAUCGGUGCGAAAAAAGCCCAGAGUGGAUUACAGAGAAAACGAUGAGGAGGGAGAGCGAGGCGAGACGGAGGCCACAGCUGACCAGCAGGAAGAGGACGAAGAGGACAGAGAGGACGAGAAAGCGAAACGUUCAGCAGAGCAGCCGGCAGAGAAGCUGAACAAUCUGAGUUUAGUGUUAGACACAGAUGAGGAGCGGGAGACAGCAGGGUUGAGUCCAGAGGCUGAAGAAGAGGAGCAGAAUAUGUCAGAGGAAGAGGCGGAGCCUGUAGUGAUUGGAAAGAGAGUUUUAAGAGGGAGGUCAGUUCCUUCAGUGAUAAUCACCCCCCAGGCUAAAUCCACACGCCGCAGUGCUAGAGUUCAGAAAGCUGAGGAGGAAGAAGAGAAGAGCCCGCGCUCCACUCAGAACAGAAGAGCUGAAGGAACACCAGCUCGCAGAUCUCAGCGUCGCAGCAGAGUUUAGGAUGUUCUGAAUGCUACGAUCAACAUCCACACCAAAUACAUGUAGCAGUGUGCAGUCACAGAACUGGGAAAUGCAAAAGAAACAACACAUGCUCAUAGUCAAUGUUUAAUGCAAGCUUCAGUAGUAAGCUCACAGCGUACACUCACAAACACCUGUGUGUUCUCCAUGUGGACUUAAAGGCCCAAGUGUGUAGCUGUUCAUGAAA